CCCCCACAGCCAUGGCUGCUGCUGCUGCCGCCGCCGCCGCCGCCGGCCCUGGGGUGCCGCUGUCCCCGGACGAAUUGCUUCCGAAAGGCGAUGCCGAGAAGCCUGAGGAGGAGCUGGAGGAGGAAGACGACGAGGAGUUAGAUGAGACUCUGUCGGAGAGACUGUGGGGUCUGACGGAGAUGUUCCCGGAGAGAGUCCGGUCCGCGGCUGGAGCCACUUUUGAUCUCUCCCUCUUCGUGGCUCAAAAAAUGUACAGGUUUUCCAGGGCAGCCUUGUGGAUUGGAACCACUUCCUUCAUGAUCCUGGUGCUUCCGGUCGUCUUUGAGACCGAGAAGCUGCAGAUGGAGCAGCAGCAGCAGCUGCAGCAGCGGCAGAUACUUCUAGGGCCUAAUACAGGGCUGUCAGGAGGAAUGCCCGGGGCUCUACCUUCACUUCCCGGAAAGAUCUAGAUUGUUACUGCUAUGUUUGGCCUGUCUUGGUGGGAGAAGUUUGAAAAUUCACUAGUGUUUGAACUGCUGAUUAUUGGAAUUUUUUUUUAUUUUAUUUUAUUUUUUUUUAACUUUGGCACAUUGAUCUAUCUAAACCUGGUGGGGAGAAUUCUCCCCACAUUGUCUCAUGGAGAGACUCCUCACUUGCAGCUGUGCCCUCCAUGCUCUCCUGACUUAUUUCUUCUGUCCUCACUCUGAUACCAGAGUGCAGCAGUACAGACGGUUACUCCAGCUCCGGCCGUCCCACCCCUUUCACUCAAUUACUUCUGACGGAAGAUCUCCUCACUAUCCCAUUGUGGGGUAGGAACUGAUGCCAUCGGGAAGGAUGUGCCCCUGACCAUUAACGACUGUUUGCUUUUUAAGAAUGGGGAUGUUGGAGAGGGACGUGCACACGAGAUAAAAUGCAUUACAGCUGUGCUGUGAAUUCCUGUGUAUGUUGGAAAGGAUGGAGGGAGGGCUGGCAACAGCUUCAACCACAAGAUGGGGACUGUGGAGGACAGAGCAGGAGCUCAUUUCCUCUGCAUAUUUUGGCUGUUAGACGUGUGUGUGUCUAAAAGAGAAAAAAAAGUCAGUGCUCACUUUUUCUAUUUAAAUAUUAAAAAAUGAUUCCAACCAAAAA